AUGUCCUACAGCCACGCACCAGUGUCCCCCGGUCCGCUGAACUCCUCCAGCGUGUGCCUCAGCCCUGGUCCCUGUCUCUGCUCUAAAGCCUGGAGCUCUGCGGUCUGGGACGUGGACUCCUCUGGACCCUGGAGCUCUGUGGGCUGGGAAUCCUCCGGACCCCCCCCAGAGCCUUGGCUGCUGCCCGGCUGCUCCUCUGUGUACGACAGUCUGGUCAGUAACGUGUCUCCGAUCCCGUCUCCUCCGAGCUCUGGGACGAGAGCCGAGCGCGCCACCAAACCCCGACGGUAA